AUGCCUAUCAACAUGCAACUCAUCAACGCCUUGGCCGUGGCCAUGUCGGUCUCGCCUGCUGCUGCUGCUAUCAAGGGUUUCAACUACGGCUCGACUUUCAACGAUAACUCCGUCAAGGUGCAGUCGGAUUUCGAGUCGGAGUUCAAGACUGCUGCCGGUUUGGUAGGAGCCGAGGACUUUACUAGUGCUCGUUUGUACACUAUGAUUCAAGGUGGAACUACCAACACCCCCAUUUCCGCCAUUCCCGCCGCCAUUGCAACCAACACAACUCUUCUCCUCGGUCUCUGGGCCUCAGGUGACACUUUCGACAACGAGGUCGCUGCCUUAAAGUCCGCCAUCUCCCAGUACGGAUCUGAUUUUGCCAGCUUGGUUGUCGGUAUCUCCGUCGGUAGUGAGGAUCUUUACCGUAACUCCCCCACUGGUAUCGCCGCCAGCGCCGGUAUUGGCAAGAACCCCGACGACAUUGUCAACGACAUCAAGACCGUCCGAUCCACUAUCUCCGGCACAGGCCUUGCUGAUGUCCCCGUCGGCCACGUCGACACCUGGACUGCAUGGUACAACUCCUCCAACAAUGCCGUUAUUGAGGCUGUCGACUGGCUCGGUCUCGAUGCCUACCCUUACUUCCAGAACACCCAGUCAAACGACAUCACCAGCGGAAAGUCUCUCUUCCAGGACGCCAUCAAUAAGGUCAACACUGCCUCCAACAACAAGGCUCUCUGGGUCACUGAGACUGGCUGGCCCGUCAGCGGUGACAAGGAGAACUUGGCCGUUGCCUCUACCGAUAACGCAAAGACUUACUGGGACGAAGUUGGCUGUGGCUUGCUUUUCGACAAGGUCAACACUUACUGGUACAUCCUCCAGGAUGCUGGAAAGACAACCCCCAGCCCCAGUUUCGGUCUCGUCGGUUCUGAGCUCACCACCACUCCUCUCUACAACUUGACCUGCCCGGCUGUUGUUUCCUCCUCCACUUCUGCUACAAGCUCUGCUACUUCCACUGGUUCUUCUGGAUCCACUGGUAGCGCUACCGGCUCCGCCACCUCUUCUCCUACUUCCGUUCCUGCCUCUAACGCUACCGGCACUCCCACCGGCACUGCUACUGGCGUUGCUUCUGGAACUGCUACCAGCUCUGCCACGGGUACUGCCACCGGAUUUUCCACCGGCGCUGCCUCAACAGGCACCUCCACCCCCACUGGCACCCCCGGCGCCUCCGGUACUUCCACUCCCACCGGCACCCCUGGCUCAGCAACCACUCCCGCCGGCGCAACCGGCACCCACGCUUCAGGCACCUCGUCCAGCACCUCCCCCGCCUUCACCGGCGCCGCCAACACCGUCUCUGCUUCUGUGACCGGUAUCGUCGCUGCCAUCUUCGCUGCCGUCGUUGCUUUCUAA